CGUAGCCGAACCCUAUCAAAAUGGCCAUGCUGCUGAAGUCCCGUGUGUCCGCCGGUGUGUCGCGCCCCUCGCGCGCCACCGUGCGCGUGAGCGCGUCGACCCGCCCUAUGUGGUACCCCGGCGCCACCGCCCCUGCUCACCUGGACGGCUCCAUGCUGGGUGACUACGGCUUCGACCCCCUCCGCCUGGGCGUGAACAAGGACAACCUGAAGUGGUUCCGUGAGGCUGAGCUGACCAACGGCCGCUGGGCCAUGGCUGCCGUUGUCGGCAUCCUGUUCACCGACGCCGUGGGCCUGCCCAAGUUCUGGACCGCUGGUGCUGAGAAGUACGCCCUGGACAACCAGACCCUGGCUCUGAUCGAGGUCGCCGUGUUCGCCGUGCUGGAGGGCAAGCGCUACGAGAUCUACAAGAAGACCGGCGAGACCGGCUUCCUGUCGUUCGCCCCCUUCGACCCCAUGGGCAUGAAGAGCGAGGAGAUGAAGCUGAAGGAGCUGAAGAACGGCCGCCUGGCCAUGCUGGCGUUCCUGGGCUUCUGCUCUCAGGCCGCUGUGUACGGCAAGGGCCCCAUUGAGACCCUGCAGCUGCACCUGGCUGACCCCGGCCACAACAACAUCUACACCUCGUCGGUGGGCCCUGAGACCGCCGUGACCGUGGCCGUGCUGUGCGUGCUGCCCAUGAUCAUUGAGGCCACCAAGACCCUGAACCCCGGCAAGGAGUCCGUGCCCUACUUCCCCUGGAACGAGCCCUGGAACAAGGUGUAAGCUGCCCCAAUGUGGGCGCAGCGGCACCUGGGGAGCGCUUCUUUUGGGCCGUGACCUGGCCGCAACAGCACCAAUCACCUGCCUGACAGCGUGAUGCUGGUGUUUUUUGGGAGCCACGGGCGCAGCUCGCGACUUCGUGCGGCUGCCGGCGCCGCUUACCGCACCUGAUGUUUGGGGCGGUGGCGGCGUGCCUGGUGGAGGCAAGCCUUGGCGCGGAGCGUCCAUGUGUGGCGGCGGCGGGUGGCGGUUCAGCGAAUCCCCUGCACGGCAGCAACCAGGACAAGCAUUCUGGCGCAGCAGCUGUGUGUGUAUUAUUGGAGCUCUGGACUUGAGCAGGGAGCUGUUUAGGCGGAGGGGACCUGGUUGCAGGUCACCGUGGUUGCGGCGGCCUGUAGCCUGUGUAAAGGGUCUCUGUCCGCCUGUCCGGUGCCGGCUGGCGGUUGACGGAAUGAGGCGGUUGUGCUGGAGGUGACGACAGCAUGACGCGACUCUGUCGGCAGGCGCGCCGAGUUGGUGUGAGCUGGACGUGUUUUUUGCAUGACUGGCGCUCGGGUGCGUGGAACGUUGGGACUAGAUCUCAGGAGGUCGUGUUGCUCCGUGUCAGGUUUGAGCGCAGCGUGCGGCUCGGACCGGAGGACUUCACGUCUAUGGAGAGCAUGCGUAGUUCAGCGGCCCUGGCACAGGCAUCCACCAUGUGUGUGCUGUGAACUGAUUUGCGCAUUCCCAUCAAUUUUGGCUCAGAGAAGACAAUCAACAUAUAAAAUUGCACGGGGAAAGCUCGUGUAAUCCACAUUAAGGUCCAAGCCCUGCGAGUGCUCACACCGUACGGUAGACCUGCCUACCGGUAGUCACGACUAGUUGAGUGAGCCGAAAGGGAAUGGCACCAUGUUCUAUUUGGGACUCGUGCCAGCGGGUGCCAGCAAUCGUCAGGACCAGGGGUGCCCCUUGUAAGGACUCCUAGGC